CAAAAGUCAAAACUUAACCUCACUUAACCUUGCUAUUUGUUGUGAUUUAUUUAUAAUGUGAUUUAUCUUUGAUAUUUUAAGAUUAAGUAUUAAAAAUGAGUGUACAAUUAAAGUUAUUGGACCAUUUUAAAUUAAAGAACCAAUUAGGAAUUAAUUUUGCAUGCAGUUAUUCAGAGGACGAUCGGUUUUUUAUAAUAAAUGACUUAGGAAUUUAUAUUUUAGCAUUUACCGGGGCGCUUUUAAAUGAGUUACCCAGGUUUUUAAGCACUAAACACUUUAUAAAUCUAUCAAAUUUUACUCCUUGUGGCAACAUUAAGCUGGACUUAAAUAGUUUUCAUCACGAAUUACCUAAAGAAGAGGUUUAUGACUUAGUAAUGAAGGUUGAAUAUUCCGCAAACCUUAAACAUACUAAACCUAUUGCACCUGCAGCUAUUUAUGCUGAAUGGUCUCCAAAAGGUUUAGCUAAUAAAAAUGAUUGCUUUUUAGCAGCACUAACGAAUAUGUAUAGCUUAGAAGUUUAUAUGAAAUAUUUAAAUGACAUUGAGGAAGUCCAGUAUGUAGCUGUAGCAAAUGUAACUUCCGCUAUUAUAGAGUGUGAAAAAUCAAAUUGGAAGGAUAACUUUAGGCUUGGAAUACUAAUGAAAUUGGAAGAAUACAAGAAAAGAAUUGAUUGUGUGACACCAUCUGCAUUUACUUGGAGUCACCUAUUACAAUUUAAUAAUACCAAAUCAGCUGUGAUAUUUUGUGGUCAUUUAAAUGGAGACAUCAGUCUCUGGAGGUUGAAUGCAAGAUAUUUUAAGUUCGGUGAAAUGUCAAUACCUACUUUUUUGGGUAGAUACCGUACCCAGUUGAAAAGAAUUACAACAUUGUACUGGCAUCAAAGCAGUGAAUAUGGUGGUGGAUUAUUUGUUAGUGAUAUAGAUGGAAAACUAAAUAUUGUGCAUAUAACAAAUUUAAAUGAAGACGAAGCAGUUUUCAAAACAGAAAAAAUAUUUUUGUCUGAAUCUGACAAAAUAAAAAUUGACAAAGUCAGUGUUAUGAUUUACAAUCAUUUUACCUUUAUAAUUGUUGUUAAACAAAGAGUUUUAAUUAUUUAUGGACUGAAUCAAGAUGGAGAAUUAUUUGAUUCUACUUCAGAAUAUAUCCAGGAAUAUUAUAUAACAGGUUUACACCAUUAUAAUAACAAAAUAUUAGUAUUGUCUCUGCCAGGAAUAUUAACAGAGCUAUCUAUAGAAGUUAAAAAUAACAAAAUAAUUAUUGAAAAAUUACCAAUUUCACUGAAAUAUGAUAUGGCAAAAUAUCGAACUCAUGGAUUCUUCUUUUCUAAAAAUAUGAUUUUGUGUUGCAUACUGGCUUAUCCUUGGGACUUACAAAGUUUUUAUAAAACAAAAAAUGACGUCCAUGUAUUUGUGUAUCACAAUAUUGCUUUAAAACCUUUUGAACUAAUCUGGAAAAAUGAAAAAGACAGUAUUGUUGAUUAUUGGGAUUGUUUUGAAGCUCUUAGAAUUAUCUGUAUAAAAGAAAAGCGGUUUCCGUGGUUAGGUCUUCCGUCCAAUUUAAACUAUGACACGCUUUCUCUAACAAAAUUAAAAACCUUAAGGUUAAUAGCGAAGCUCUCAGAAAUGAUUUUUAAUUCAGUUCCAAGCAUAAAAAAUUACGAAAUGAAACCGUUCGUUCUAGUUCACUAUUUACUAGAAAUAAGGUUGGUAGUAGACAGGAUGACCCGUUUGUUAAAACAACGUAAAAAUAAAGAACUUACGGUAUUUCAAAUGAGAAGUAUUUUUAUUCAAAAUUUUUUCUUGAAAGAGAUGGUAGCAAAGAAUAUAUUACCUAAAGCGAAUGUUGGGAAAGUGUUUAUAGAAAGCAUUAGAUCAGUUAUGGAAAUCGCGAAUGAGUUGGAGUAUCCAGAGCCUCUAACAUGUGCGUGGUGUGGAGACAAGAUUUUCGGCCCAACUUGUUUCCCUUCUCAUUAUGAUAGCCGAUGCUGUAUUUCAAUGAUGCCAAUUUUUAUCGUACCUGAAUAUAAAUGUCUAUUUUGUAAAUCGAUGAUUCACAAGUCUAUUGAAGAAGAAAUGGAUUCCAUAGUAUGUCCCUACUGUGAUAAACUGAUGGAAAAGCUGCAUGUAAAAGAUGAUAGACUGAAGGAAAGCUGCGAAAAAUUUGAAACCGUUUUGCCAAAGUUGAAAUAUUCAGAUUGUUUUAAGGACUGUCUGAAAGAAACUAUAUCAUAUGAAGAUAUCGAGGAUAAUAAUAUUGAAUAUAUUAUAUUCAGUGAUAGUGACGACGAGCCUGAAACUAUUAAAACCCUUUAUGAAAAAUUUUCAAAGUCUCAUAUAAGUGACGUAGAACAGGAAAUUAUUGAAGCUGAUGCAGACAAUUAAAAAUCAGGUCUACAAGAAAAUACUGAUAUGAAGUAAAGUUUUGAAGUAAACACUAAACAGGCUCCACAGGGUCCUUUAUUAAGAA